UUAAUAAUGGGCCCUUCUUAGUUUGACUGAAACGACUUCACUGUCAUCCUCUAGUGCUCAUUCUGAACAAAACCUGUCUUCUCCACUCGUUCUUCACUGAGAUGAAUAGAGAAAUUUGUAUGAGAAUGCGAGCUUUCUUCGUUUUGGCAAUUUUUGCAGCGUCAACUUGCGGAUGCUUGGGGAUUACUACAUAUACUGACCCCAGAGAUGUUGAAGCGAUUUCUGAUUUGUAUAUUGCUUUGGGUCAUCCACCUCUUUCCGGUUGGAGUAUAACCGAGGUAGACCCAUGCCUGGAACCAAACAAAUGGCAAGGCGUCGAAUGUGUGUUCUACAAUAUAACUGGGAUAAUUCUCAGCGGUGCAAAUUUGACUGGUGAAUUGAGCCAGAAUUUGGGAAACUUCACUUCACUCAUAGAACUUUCACUUGCAGGUAAUCAUUUAAUAGGGAGCAUUCCGGACACAAUAUCCACAUUGGGACUAAUGACUGACUUGAAUUUGUCUGGUAACAACUUAAGUGGUCAACUUCCUCCUUCAAUGGGGAAUUUGCCUUCUCUUACCACCUUGGAUUUGCAUAACAAUCAGUUGUCUGGUUUUCUUGAUGUUCUACAAGGCCUUCCACUAAUCAAUUUGAACAUCGAGAAUAAUCUGUUCUUUGGGCCAAUACCUGAGGAGUUGAAGAGCAUACAAAACUUCAGUAAAGAUGGAAAUCCCUUCAACACUACUGUCAUCCCUUCACCACCCACCUUACAACCUUCUCCAGCACCUACAUUACCAUCCUCACCAUCACCAUCACCUAUUGGAGCUCCUCAAAUAUCUCCAAAUGUCGCAUAUGGUGAAGUCUUAUUCCCGCCACAGCUUUCCAUUGGGGAAAAGAAUGAUGGUGAACACAAAAGCAUCAGCAAAAUUGUAAUUGGAGGGUUGGUUAUACUUGUAGUGCUUCUAUGUGUAUGCCUUUUAGCUUUGUCAAACUUUUGCAAGAGAUCACGAAAUAAGGGCCACAAAGCAUUUCAUGCUUUACCCAGCUGGAAAACCCACAUAAUUGACCAAUAUAUGCAGAAACCAGAUAGCCAAGCACAGAAAGUUAAAAGAAAUGAAACACCAGGUGCAAAGGAUCAGGGGAAUAAUAGUCACAUGUCAUUGGCAUUGAAUGAGAGUGGAUGGACAAAACAUACUAGGAUUAAGUCUUCAUGGUCUGAGAAGGAUGAUGAUUCUCAGUUGGACAUCCUACCACAACCCCCACCUCCCUACUUGACACUCCCUUCUGAAAGGAUUAUUCAAAAUGCAAAGAUUCCUCCUAUAUCCACAACAAACCUUUCUAGCUCAAACAUGAGCUCUGAAAGUUGUUACAAAGUUGCAGAUCUCCAACAAUAUACAAAUAGUUUUUCUCAGUAUAAUCUUAUUGGAAAAGGCAUGCUUGGUUCAGUGUACAAAGGCCACCUACCUACUGGAGAGCUGUUGGCAGUCAAAAAAUUGGAUAAUGAUGUGACAAAGUGUCAAAAUGAUGAAGAACUUCUUAAGCUGAUCUGUACAAUAUCAGGACUUAGACAUGAUAACAUCGUUCAACUUAUGGGCUAUUCUAUAGAACACGGUCAACGGCUACUAGUAUAUGAGUAUUGCGAUAAUGGAAGCCUUUAUGAAGCAUUACACGUGGAUGAGGAGAUGCAUAGACAACUUUCAUGGAAUGUUCGAGUACGAAUUGCUCUUCAAGCUGCCAGAGCACUAGAGUAUAUGCAUGAGGUCUGCCACCAUCCAACUUUGCACCGGAACUUUCAAUCUGCUAAUGUCCUUUUAGACUUGAAGCUUACUGUGCACAUUUCAGACUGUGGUUUGGCUGCUCUUGUGCCAUCCAAAUCCAUGGCUGUGAGGACGUGAGUGAGUGAAGUGUUGAGCGCGAAGAGGAAGAGAGGAAGAAGACGUGCCCUAAAGCCCAAGCGUUGAAGCCGUUAAGGUGAACGAAAAUGUGGGAGACAUUGGAUUUAAUUUUGAACUAUGGUGGCACUCUUGAAUCCUGUUCUCCUAUGAAGUAUAGCAAUGGCCGCGUAGAGAUUAUUAAAAGUGACCCUGAUGUAGUCAGUUAUCCACAUCUGAAAAAGUUUAUAGAAUCUGGACCAUUUGGGGGGUUUGGAAAGCUGAUGUAUAAAUUGCCUCGUGAACCAUUGGAAUGUUUAAGGGAGUUAGUAGAUGAUGCUUCCACAUUGCAGUUGGUGAGUCUGUCUUCUACUGAUGGAGUUUGUGAACUGUAUUUGCUGCCACCCUCCACAUCUGCUGUACGUGGUGAUGUUGGCCCUUUAGGUGAAAAGGAAGUAGGUGGUCAAAACUAUGAAGUACAAGUGCAGAGGUCUAUUGAUGAUGUAGCCAGACCUACACAUAGAAGCAAGUUAAAACCAAGAAGAAACAAAGCUUCACAGAUUGAGUCUGUUGCUGAAGAAGAUGUUGAGCUGUGUGAUGUGGACAUUCAGACCAGUGAAAUGGAAGAUAUCAUGGAUGAUGAAGUAGAUUUGGGGAACCAAGAGGAUGCUUCUAUGUCUGAUAUAGGGUCUGACCUUGGAUCACAAUCUGAGAAUGAAGAUGUUAGGGAGCAGAAUAUUGGCUUCUUCGGGGCUGAGGAAGGUAUGGAAAGUAGGGAGAACAACAAUGCCAACUUUGGAUCUGAGAAUGAUGAAGACAAUGAGGAUAGCAUGGACAUGUAUGAUUCUGAUAAUCCUCCCAAUUAUCAUUCAGAUACCAAUGAUGUGCAUGAACAUGAAGUGCAAUCCAACCUGGACGAUUAUCAUCCCUCAUACAAUCCAGAGAUUGAACCCCCUUUGAUUGAGCUGGGGAUGCUGUUUGAGGACAACAUACAGUUUAAGAGUGCAAUGAUUAGGUAUGCAGUGCACCACAAGAAAAACAUUUACUUUAAGAGGAAUGAAUCUAAAAGAGUCCGGGCACUAUGCAUUCAAAAAAACUGCCCCUUCUGCUUUUAUGCCAGCUGGGAAGAUAGGUUCAAAUGCUUCCAAUUGAAAACCAUGAUCACCAAACACAGAUGCAAUUCCAAGUUCAAGCUGAGAGUUGUUAGUCAAAAAUGGAUACAAGAGAAAUACGAAGACAAGGUUAGGGAUGACCCUUGUAUUGGGUAUGUGGCAUUAAAAGACCUCAUUGAGACAGAAUUGGGCAUUCAUAUUUCAACAAGCAUGGUCAGGAGGGCUGUGAGAUGCAUCAAAAAGAGAAUAAAUGCUAGCUUUGAAGAGCAAUUUAACCGCCUUAGAGACUACGGUCAAGAGUUGCUUGAUUCUAUCCCAAACACUACCAUGAAGAUAAUGACAUCCAGAGUUGUUGAUGAUGGCCCUUGUAUGUUUCAGAGGAUCUAUUGCUGCUUUGGUGCCAUGAAAAGGGGAUUUUUAGAAGGCUGCAGAAAGAUUGUUGGGUUAGAUGGUUGCUUCUUAAAAGGACUUUUGAAGGGGGAAAUCCUUACAGCUGUUGGAAGGGAUGCCAACAACAACAUGUAUCCAAUAGCAUGGGCCAUAGUUGAGAUUGAGAAUACAUCUUCCUGGGCAUGGUUUAUAGAGUUGUUGAAGCAUGAUCUGGAAAUUGAUGAUAGCAGCCCCUGGACUGUAAUAAGUGAUCAACAAAAGGGUCUUACCAAUGUCAUCCAGACCUUACUCCCUCAAGCUGAGCACAGAAAUUGUGCAAGGCACAUACAUGCAAACUGGAGCAAGAAUCACAGAGGGAAAUACAUGAAGCAGUUGUUCUGGAUGUGUGCUAGGUCCACAUGUGAGUCACAACUUCAAGAGUGGCUUCAAGAGCUUCAAAAAAAGGAUGUUGCAGCCAAACAAGAUCUGGAAAAUUAUCCUUUCAAAACCUGGUGCAAAGCCUUCAUUGGGACUUCUGUAAAAUGUGAUGCAGUUGACAACAACAUGUCAGAGGCUUUUAACCGAACACUGGUGGGGUGUAGGAGCAAACCUAUCAUUCCCAUGCUAGAAGACAUACGGGUUCAAAUGAUGCAGAGAAUUGCUAAAAAGAGAGAUCUAGCUGCAAAAUGGAAAGGUAGGAUUUGCCCUAACAUCAAGAAAAUUCUGAAUAGUAACAUAUUGAGAAGCUCAAAGUGGAGGGUGGUAUUCAAUGGAGAUGAUGGCUAUGAGGUUAAGAAAGGGAAGUAUCAAUACAAGGUAAAGCUGGAAGGAGGCACUUGCUCUUGUAGAUCUUGGGAGUUGACUGGAAUUCCAUGCCAGCAUGCUAUAUGUGCAAUGUUUGAUCAGGACAAGGAUCCAGAAAGUUAUAUUGAUGAUUGUUAUUCAAUUGCUGCCUUCAAACGAACUUAUUCCUACACUUUAGAACCCAUUAAUGGGGAAAUGGCUUGGCCUAGAGUAGAAGGAGAGAAAAUACACCCCCCUGCACCCAAAAAAAUGACUGGACGCCCAAAGAAGAAAAGAACCCGAGAGGAAUCUGAGCCUCCAGCUGGCAAGCUGUCAAGAAAGGGAAGGGUCAUGACCUGUUCCCAUUGUAAGCAAAAGGGCCAUCAAAAACAUGUGUGUCCAACAGCUCCACAAGGCAGUCAUCAGUCAGUGAGAGGAGGCAGGGGUUAUAGAGGUGGAAGAAGGGGUGGAAGAGGUGGAAGAGGUGGAAGAGGUCAAACUGCUUCAACAGGUGGAACAAGUGAAGCUACUUCGACUUCAAGAUCUGCAAGAGGAAGGGGUGGAAGAGGUGGAAGAGGUGGAAGGGGUGGCAGAGCUGGAAGAGGAAGGGGUGGAAGAACUGAAUCCAUUGUGGGGGGGGGGAUGAGGAGGUAGUAUAACAAAUGUGUUAGGUGUAUGAAUUAUGAAAUGUAAAAGUAGUACUUAAUUAUGGUUGGUUGGUUGGCCUUUAUGGCUUUUGGGUCAUAACACUUGAGGUACUGCAUUUAGGUGGCUGGGGUUUUUUGGGGUUUAUGUUAUGUGGAUUAAUGUAUGUUUUUUAAUGUUUUUGUCUAUGUAAUAGUUGGUUGUCAAAGUACUUAAUUAUUCGGAUCUGUACUCUUG